AGGCUAACUUCACACUAUUAGAGGAAGAUGGCGUCCAGCAGAAACAUGGAUGUUAGCAGAGUCUCUUUGUUGUGUAGAGAAAGUGUGAACAUGUCCAGAUCCUGAGAGCGUUGGUGAAGCUGCUGGAGACAUUUGGGCUGUUUGGAGGAACGAUGGAGGAACACAACAGACAGAGGAGACUACUGGUCGCUGUUUUCCACCCUCAGCUUUGGUUGCACAGAGCAGUCUCCACAGACGUCCAGCAGCUGUUGGUGAGUAGAGCAGAGGUUCCCCCUGAGCAGCAGGAGUGGAGCUCCAGUCUGGACCAGGAGGACCCAGAGCCCCCACACAUUAAAGAGGAACAGGAGGACCUCUGGACCAGUCAGGAGGGAGAGCAGCUUCAAGGGCUGGAGGAGGCUGAUAUCAAGUUCCCAUUCAGUCCUGUCUCUGUGAAGAGUGAAGAAGAUGAUGAAGAGAAACCUCAGUCCUCACAGCUUCAUGAAAGACAAACUGAACAGAUGGAAACAGAAGCUGAUGGAGAGGACUGUGGAGGACCAGAACCAGCCAGGAACUCAGAUCCAGAUAGUCCUUUACAACCAGCUACUCAUGACAAGACUUCACCCUCCUCUGAACCUGAGACAGAUGACAGUAGAGAAUGGGAGGAGACCAAGGAACCUCAGUCAGGUUUUAACUCUCUGCAAAACAAUGAAGUACCUGUAAGUGAUGUGGAUUGUAAUACCUCAAUAGGCUCCUCUGAAUGUGUUAGAAGCUUUGAUAAGGGACAUCUGCAGAAACAAACUGGAAUCCAAACGGGAGGGAAAACAUUUAGUUGCUCAGUUUGUAGUAAAAGAUUUUCCCGGAAGAACUCCUUGAUCACUCAUAUGAUACUUCAUUCAGAAGGCAACCGUUUCACCUGCUCAGUUUGUAAAAGAAGUUUUGGUAUCCGUGGCAAUUUGGUUGUACACAUGAGAACCCACACAGGGGAGAAACCAUUUAGUUGUUCAGUUUGUAGUAAAACAUUCACAACAAAGCAACAGCUGAAACGACACAUGAGAAUCCACACAGGGGAGAAACCAUUUAGUUGUUCAGUUUGUAGUAGAACAUUCGCACAAAAGCAAAAUCUGAUACAACACUCGACCUUACACACAGGUGAGAAACCGUUUAGCUGUUCAGUUUGCGGUAAAAGAUUCACACUGAAGCAACAUCUAAAACAACACUCGACUUCUCACACAGGGGAGAAACCAUUUAAUUGUUCAGUUUGUAGUGAAAGAUUUGCUUUAAAGGGAGAACUGAAACGACACUUGACUGUCCACACAGGAGAGAAACCAUUUAGUUGUUCAGUUUGUGGUAAAGAAUUUGUAUUAAAGGGAGAUCUGAAUCGACACUUGACUGUCCACACGGGGGAGAAACCAUUCAGUUGUUCAGUUUGUGGUAAAAGAUUCACACUAAAACAACAUCUGAAACAACACUCGACUGUCCACACAGGAGAGACCAUUUAGUUGCAGAGUUUGUGAUAAAAGAUUCUGUCGGCUCCAUUAUAUCCAACAAGUGUGUUGGUGAGACCAGCGGAAAUCAGUGAAGCUGCAGAGACGCUUGUUGACACAUUUUUUCCAGCAAGAUUAAAGUACUGAGGGCAAGACUUGGUCCAACACUGAUCGGCUAAAAACUGUCAGACUGAUACAGACUCCAAAAUAAGCCUUUUCCAUCUAAGAUGAAGCUACACAAUCAUUGUAAUUCUGCCAAGGCUGGUGCGUGUUGUAUUGUUGCUGUGUGUUUGUGAUGUCUUUCAGUGGGUCCGUACCAUAAACACGCCGGCGUACGCCUGUGGUGCGCCAAGUAGGCAGAGUCUGCACACCAUUUAAAAGGCAGCGAAUACGCUAGAUGCCUCGCUCAAUUUAAGCAGCGGAAGCGGCGUGUAUGCAUACCUCGGAUCACAUGACUGAUACAAACACAACAGGGUAAAUCUUGAUGCCAAGCAACAAUGCAAUCUUAAAUUGAUGAAAAAAGUCGGUAUAUACUUAAAGGCAGGGUUGACGAUGUUAUCCAGUAAACACUAUUUGUUAUAUUGGUUGAAAUGGUCUUUACACCCCGACAGCGAUCCAUUACUGAUGUGCUCUGAAAAAGGACCGGAAAAGAGCCGU